GUAUAAUUCGUCAUGCUAGUCGAUGGAGCAUCCGAGACCGAGCAUGCUUCGCUGGCGUAGUUUCGUCCUCAUAAUUGGAAAUUGGAGUCGUUGGCCGAAUCAUCGGUUCUGUACCUUUCUAAAACGAAAGAGUUAAGUCACAAAUAUCCGUAUCUGUAAUUCUAUACGCUGGUCAUCGCUGAUACAAAAGCGGAAUAUGGGUGGCGAGGAAGGACUGGGUGUUACUACCGGUCAGCCGAAUCUUUAUAAACAGGAUCUGUCGAAACUCGAUGUUAGUAAAUUAACUGCAUUAUCACGUGAAGUGAUCAGCAGGCAAGCUACGAUCAAUAUUGGUACCAUUGGACAUGUAGCACAUGGAAAGUCGACAAUCGUAAAAGCCAUUUCGGGUGUGCAGACUGUUCGUUUUAAGAAUGAAUUAGAAAGAAAUAUCACCAUUAAACUUGACGCAGUGGAUUGCGGUAGCAGCAACGAAUCAGCAGAUAUAUCCGGCAACGUAGAUAGUGAAACGCUGGCUGUUUAUAAAAAACGACAUCUCUCCCCUGUUGGAAGCAUUGACGCACCAUGCGCCAAGCAGUCCAAACUCAUCGACACAGAGAGCCGCGACAGCAACAUAUCCCAUCGGUUGGAAAACAGAAAUACGUUCCGCUCCGCAUCGUCAUCAUCGAAGCGUCUGCAAGCGCGGCGAGGAGUCAUCACGCAACAGGCGCUUAAGGCAUUCGAUGUCUGUCCUCACUCACAUAACGGAAAUAUGAGAGAUCCAGGUAGCGAUGGCCGACAAUCCGACUACGAAGAAUCGUCAUCUGAUGGUAGAUCAUCUGCACGAGAUGACAGUCUGAUCUCCCGCGACUUCGAACUGAAAGAGGUACGAGUGCUGUUGCACGAUAUCAAGAAUAGCGAAUACAAUCGUCAAUUAUCAAUAAUGUCGCCCGACAACUCCUCCGCGUCCAGCAAGCGUCCGACAAGCAAACUCUGGGAAGUGGAAAGAAUUAUACAAAAGCACGAGAAGAAUGGUGAGCCAUUAUAUUUGAUCAAAUGGAAGAACUGGGGUAUCGAGUAUAACACAUGGGAACCGUUGCACAAUCUUACUAAUUGCGAGGAUUUGUUGAGCGAGUUUAAUAACAAACGACAGAAAUUGAUCAACCGAUUCAAAGCACAGACGAACUUUUAUCCAAGUGCGCGCGAUGUCGAGGAUUUUCUUGUGACUCAAUUAUUGGAUAAGAACAUAUCAAUCGAUGAUGCAACAUCCAUUGCUUCUGCCGCCGUUGCCGAUGACAGUAUGUACAAAGAGAUUCGACACUAUUUUAAUAGGCCAUUACGUGGUGGCAAAUUGGAGACAAAGAUAAAACAGCAAAUCUUGUACAUGUUUCUGCUCGAGCUACGACGUGACCAACUCGAGUCAUUGCAGGACUGGGAGAAUGAGAUGAACAGUAUCACGAAAAAUAAGCCGACAAUACGGGUGGAGAAUCUGGUAGAUUUGGAAAGCGCGCCGCAGGACUUCUAUUACAUCGACAAUUAUUUGCCGGGUGCGGGUGUUAUAAUACCGGAUGAUCCGCCAAUUGGUUGCGAAUGCAACAGUUGCGAGACUAGUAAAAAGUCCGGUUGCUGCUUCACACAGAAUGGCGUAUCGUCAUUGCCGUAUACGUCGGCAUGCCGGGUACGUGUCCCUCCUGGUACACCUAUCUACGAGUGUAAUAAGCGCUGCGCCUGCGAUGCACAAACUUGCCCGAAUCGUGUAGUGCAACGUGGUAGCAGUACGCAACUGUGCAUCUUUCGCACAGAUAACGGCCGCGGUUGGGGUGUACGUACUCUACGCGCAAUCAAAAAGGGCACUUUUGUCAUUCAGUAUGUGGGCGAAGUGAUUAGUAGCGAAGAAGCUGAGAAACGCGGCAAACAAUACGACAUGACUGGUCGUACGUAUCUCUUUGAUCUUGAUUAUAACGAGACCGAUGGCCAGUGCCCAUAUACCGUGGAUGCCGCCAUGUACGGCAACAUUUCGCACUUUAUUAAUCACUCAUGCGAUCCAAAUCUCGCGGUAUACGCGAUCUGGAUCAAUUGUUUAGAUCCGAACUUGCCGAAUCUCGCGCUCUUCGCCAUCAAGGAUAUUAAGCAAAACGAGGAACUCACUUUUGACUAUACAUGCCAGACGCCGCGUGGCGGUAAUGAGAAAAUGCAGCAGCAAUUACUGGACAGCGAACAGAAAACCGAAAACGUCUCGCAGAAAAAGACUCUCUGCAAAUGCGGCGCCGCAACAUGUCGGCGGUAUUUAUUUUAAAGAAUGUUUCUUCUUGGAUUAUAUAGUCGUUACAAGUUUCCUGUCUCAAUGUGGUUCAAUUGAUGCCAUCUCUGAUUAACUCAACUUUUUUUUGUAUAUAUUGCCGAGCUAGUAAUGAUAUAAUCCGAGGAGAGAAAUAAAUAAAUUAUUCACUUCAGACUAUUUAAUUAGGUCGAAGUAAUUCGAUUAAAUAAUCUUAUUAAUUCGAUCAAGUAAUCUGAAAUUUUUUAUUAAUUAUAUUUUAAAUUUAGUUUUUUUUUCUUUUGGCUCCUUGUUACUUCAUAUUUGUUACUUAUAUUAUUAAACUAUAAAUUAAAGCUAAGAAAAUAAAGAGAUUAUCUGGUCCAAUAUGUAAAAAAUUAAAAAAUUUGAUUGUAACUAAUUAAUCAAUUCUGUGAGAAUCAAAUAAUCUUUUGAUUUAAAAUCUUUGAGAGAAGUAAGAAAGAAUGUGGAAACACACACAUACACAUGCAAAAAAUAUUUUGAAAAUGUUACUAUUGUAUUUUAUUGUAUUAUACAUUUUAUUAAUGAUUACUACGAAUUCGCAUGCGGAUUAUUGUCAUAUUAAAUAUUGGGCCAGUUAAAAAAAAGUUUGAUUCGAUUUUUAUUUUUCCAUUUUUAUAGUUUCAAUUUCUAGUCCUCUUUGUAUACAGGCAACAUUAUAUCUUCUGACGAUAGAUGAAGAUUUUAGCUUCAUGCUAAUAUAUAGAAAUGGUCAAUAAUUGUUUGUUUUCAUAUAAAGUUCUGUAUCAUAAAGAGCCGAAUUUUUUAACUGACCUAAUUAAUAGUUAUUAAUGUUAAGUUUAUUAAAUAUACUGAAAGUUGCUAUACGAAGAAGUGUGACAAAGCUGUUUGUUGUGUGGUUUUAUUUUAAUACAUUCUAUGCUUAUUUUUAUACUCAGCUAAUUGUAUAAAAGUGAACAUAAACGUAUAGAAUAAAAAUUCGCAUUCUCUUUUUAUGAUUAUAUAAAACAAUAGUAUUAUACAAAAAGGCAAUAUGCAAUUAAAAAUUUUUUCAUUUUCCUGCUUAUUUAGUUUUUCACUUUUUUUGGAGAAUAUAAGUAUGCGUUUACUUUUUGUGCACGCACGCAUACAUUUAUAUUAUUUUAGGUAUGUUAAUUUUGCAGUGUUUUCGAAUCAGAAAGCUUUCGGAGAAAGCUAAAGAUUUCGAUUAUUAAAGCUUUUAAAUAUAUUAAUAGAUUUCAUUUAUGUUAUAGACAUUUAAAGAAAUAAAUUUUUUAAAAAAUAUAUAAAACAUUACUUUGUCUCAAAGGUUAAAUAACAAAUGAUACUGCAAAUUUAAAUCACUCUCAUUUGUAAGGAUAUAAUUCAUAUAUAUUGAGAAAUAAAAUACUACUAUAAUAAAACACUGAGAACAUAUCGAUGCACAAAUGAUAUUCAUAUUUAUUGUAAUUGAUACGAUGCGUCUCGUGUUGCUGCGCAUAAUUUGGCACGACACAUUACAGUGUCUCUUGAUAUUGUUAUAUUUUUGUAAGUAAUAAUUUCUAUUAACAUAUUUAUUUUGCUUUUAUCCGCAUAACUAGGAGCAUUUAUUAAUUUGUCCGUGAGAAGCGAUUAUGAUUUUUAUUACUAUAAAGUAUUUAUAAUACUAUAAAGAGAGAGAAUGUUUGAUACUGCAUUAAUCUCAACGCUGCAUCCAAAUUGAUAUGUAAAUUCAUUGGUAAAACGUAAUUCGAUAAUUCAUAAGCAAAAAAAGUUUUAUUUUUAUUCCGAAAAAACGCGCGGUUUUGAUUAUUUCUGUAUUGUAUAAAUAGUUUAGUUAAUUUUAACAUUGUAAGUCAUUAGGAAAUCUUUGUAAAGAUAUUUGAGAUUGACGUAACGGCGGGGUUGAUCCUUUGCAUUCAGAAAAAAAAAAUGGAAUGUAUUAUAUUAUUUGUAUUAUUUAGAUAAUGUGUUUAUAAUCCUUCUAAAUACACACGUAUAUACAUACACAUAUAUACAUAGAUCUUUUAAAAUUAAAAGUUUGAUUACAUCAAAAGAUGUGCCAAAUAAAUUUGUAACAAAUGCAAUGAUGUUUAAUCUAAUAUAUGUUAAGGAGAUAUAAACAUGCGGAAAACAGCAUAUAAUUUAUAUAUGGUAUGUAUACACACACACACAUCCCUUUAUAUUAUGUUUAUUAUAAAUAUUUAUGAAUAUAUAAUAAUCAGUAUAUAAUGAAAACUACAGAAUAAAGUUGAAACAGUUAUAUUAUGUAAUUGUAAAGCUAUUAUCGCAUAAUUAUUUUAAUAAUAAAUAGUUAUAAAUAGUGACAAUUCGUUUUAUUAGAAUUUUGUAUUUUUUUUGUCUUUUUACUUGAUCAUUUUGGAAUGUAAAGGAUCGACACAAAUUUGCACACAUUGCUUAGAAAUAAAUUAUUCAGUAUGUCAUCAACAUUUUGGAUCUAUUUCGAAAUUUAUACAUGCCAGAUAUAUGUCGCUCUAACUUCUUCAUUUAAAAAACUCACUGAUUAUUAUUCUGUUAUAUUUUUUCAUGCGAAAUGUUAUAGAAUUACUUUAUUUAUAUGUCGAUGGCCUAUCGAUAUUAGAAUACCAAACAAAAUAGCUAACUAAGAAAGCAUAUUCUGUAAGAUUACUACAAAUGUCGUUGUUGAUGAAUUUGAAAUAAAAUAUAUGUACACUAGGCAAAUUAUAGCGUUUGU